AUGUUUACAGAAACGUGUUCAUUUGAUUAUAAAAAUUGUAUUGUAUUAUUUUCAUUCUUCACCAAAAAUAUUCAGGAGGAAAAAUGCUAUGAGUACUAUUAUGAAGUCUUUAAUACGUAUCCCAGCUUAUUUACGAUAGAUAAGACAAGUUAUAUGGAUGAAAUUAAGUACUUUCCUGAUCCAAUUUUAAAAUAUGUUGCUUUAUAUCUUUAUUAUAAUUACGGAACUUCCAAACAUCGCUAUGUUACAGGUUCUAAUUAUCAAGGAAAUAAAGCAUGCCAUAUGUUGAAUAGGUGGUUAGAUCAACAAAGAAGUUUUUAUACACAUUCAGAAAAAUGUUAUGAUAACAUAAAUUUAUGGACAAAAUUCCUUGAACCAUUGUGGGAUAAGAUAAAAAAUCAUUACGGCGGAAACACAUGUGAAAGGUAUAAGGCGAUUUCAAAUUCAACACAAAUACCAGAUGAACUGAAAGAUUUACCCUGUAAUAAACUCUACCCUGUAAAUUAUAAAUGUAUUAAUCCUUCUGAAAAAAAUGGAUCUACAUUGGAUAACUGUUGUCACAAGCUUCAAGAUGCAUGCUCCAUUUGUCAACCGUAUCAUGACUCUCCAGAGUUAUUAUAUAAUCAAAACUCGCAACAUAAUGUAACAAGUCAGGCUCUUGCAAGUUUUCCUCAAAUAGUUCAAACAGGACCCCAAAAAAUGUGUUCCAAGUGUCCAUCUAGGAUAAAUAUUAUUGCACCUUCGAUGUGUAUUACGUUAUUAGUAUCCCUCUUCAUUGCUUUUCUCCUGUUUGAAUACACCCCUCUUGGAUCAAAAAUGUCAAACCGAACUGUGAAGCCAAGUAUGUUAAAGGAACAUUUUAUCGAAGAAUUUCCAUAUGAAGAAUACGAAACAUAUAGAAAUAGUGAUCACCAUGCGAAAAGUAGGAGUAACCAUAUAUAUUACCAAUCUACGAAUUAUUAA